AAAUCACCCCACUCUUUCAAGGUGUUACAACAUUUUUGGGACACCCUGUAUAAUAUAGCAUGAACCAUUCAAAAUGAAGAAGACAUAGGUUAUGCUUUAAACAGUUUAUUACCUAAAUAUAAUCUUCGAAGAGAGAAUAUUUUUAUUACAACUAAACUUGCACCAAGUUAUAAUGGAAAUCUAAUACGUAUAGAACAAUCUGUACAAAGAUCUCUUAAAGCACUUAAUACCACAUACAUAGAUCUCUAUUUAAUUCAUUGGCUUGGUGCAACUCACCUCCCACAAAAUUCUACAAAUAAUCAAGUCUUAAGAACAAAUCUUGGGAUAAAUUGGUGGAGUUAAAGAAACAAGGAUUUAUAAAGUCUCUAAGUGUCUCCAACUAUACCAUAAAUCAUCUAAAAGACUUAAUGCAACAUUAUAAAGAGGUUGAAUGUCAUCCACAUUACAGACAAGAAGAAUUAAUUAAGUAUUGUAAGGAAAAAGGGAUAUAUGUACAAGAAUAUUCUUCUUUGGGAACUAGUAGCAACACUAAUCUUUUAAAAGACCCAACUAUAACACUAAUAGCUUCUGGACUUAAUGUAUCACCAGCUAGAUUACUUUUGAAGUGGGCUUUGCAACAAGUCAUUGGUGUUAUUCCCAAAGCAGUAAAAAGAGAGCAUAUAAGAGAUAAUAUAUAACUGAAUUUUACUAUUGAUCAAGAAAACAUGAAAGUUUUAUCUUCUUUACCUCAACAUAAAUAUUGUUGGGAUCCAUCAAAUGUAUAUUAAACAAUUUUUAAAAUAAAUGUUCAAAUAAAUGUAUAUGAUUACCUUAAAGAUAACAAUUUCAUAUCAAUUAUAAUAGCAUGGAAGAUUUUGCAGAUGAGAUUGCAAAGCUUUGUAUAGAUAAAUAUAUAAAACUUGGUAAAUCUGGUAAACCAACAGAGACAGAAUGGACUGUAUUGUCAGGUAUAGUAUUAAGGAAAGGUGAUGGUUUAUUAUCUCUAGUAGCUCUUGCUACAGGAACAAAGUGUUUAGGAGAAAUAGAUUUAAUAAAUACAGAAUUAUAUAAGGAUGGUUGUAGAUUAAAUGAUUCUCAUGCGGAAGUUCUAGCUAGACGUGCCUUUUUAAGAUAUUUAUAUGAACAGAUUAAUUUAUUGCUUGACGGUACUAAAAGCGAUGUUUUUACAAUGGACGAUAAGAAAAAACUUAAACUGAACAACGGAAUAUCAUUCCAUUUUUUCACAAGCCAAACACCGUGUGGAGAUUGUUCUAUAUUUCCAAAAGAUGAGUUCUGUGAAAAUGAUACACCACCAAUGAAAAUAAGAAAACAUGAUUAUGAUGAUGCAGGAGAAGUAAUCAUGGAAUCAUAUAAUGAUAAAAAGGAACAGAUAAUCAAAGAUAUUUAUAGAACGGGUGCAAAAUGCGUUAAAACUGAACAAUACCAAGAUCCUCAUCUAGGUGGGGUGAAUUAUCAUGUGAUUGGACCAUUGCGUACUAAACCAGGAAGGGGUAAUCCAACUCUUAGCUUGUCUUGUUCUGACAAAAUGGCAAAGUGGAACAUUCUUGGAUUACAAGGUUCACUUUUAUCAAUACUGAUACCUUCAAUAAAAAUGGAAACUAUCACAGUUGGAGGCAAAUGUCCUUUUUCCUUAGAAGCGAUGGAACGUGGAUUACAUAAGCGAUUCAAUAACAAGGAAACACCUGGAUUGAAAAUUAUGCAAGCUAAAUUUUCUUUUCAACAGCAGAAAAAUCACAAAAGAAAGUACCCAUGUCCAUCAAGUAUCAUAUGGUGUGCUGUAAGAUAUCGUAAUACGGAAAUAGCAGUUGAAGGUAGAAAACAGGGAGCUACUAAAAAAAAGAAAGGUUAUAAUUUACUCGUAACUAGGCGCGCUCUUUUUGAAACAUUCUUACACACUUAUAACAGGUAUAUAAAUGUUGAUUGCAAUAUAAGACAUCCAAAAAAAAUUACUUAUCUAGACUACAAAAAGUGGUCCAAAAAUUACCAAAAUUUAUGGAACAUAUUGAAAUCAGAGUCUUUCCGCGCUUGGCCCGCGAAACCAACUCGCUUACAAACGUUUGUAUUGUAA